CUCGAUAUUAUAGCACAGUUUGCGGUCUCUACUUGAACGUUUUACCGGCCGGUCUCCAUAACACUUUAUAAAUAUUAAUUCGUACACACAUAAUCGGCGAAGGAAUAAUUUUCACAGUCAUUUCUGAAAGAACAAACCUUCUGUUUGGUGUAAACACGUGUUUUUGAGGUUAUAGACUGAAGUUCGACAUUCCAAUGAUGCUGGUACCAGUGAAAUGGGUCAUGGUAUAGCGUAGUGUUACAUUACAGUUACAAGCUGAUCGAAGUUUGACGAGAGCAGAAAAUCAGUUGGAUCAAGUUUGUUAAACAUGGAGGAAGGAAAGAAAGAAAUCAACCUAGAUUCCGUACUAGAAAGCCUUGGGCCUUAUGGACGGUAUAACUUAUUAAAUUUCGUACUAUUACUGUAUCCAAUACUGCUGAGUAGCUUCUUUGAGUGCGGGUUCAUUUUUGAAGCUCAGGAGCAGAUGUACAGGUGUGAAGUAUACGGUUGUGAACAGAGGUUCAAUGACACGUCUUGGAUACAAUACGCCAUACCUACAGACGUUAAGAAUAAUAAGCUGGAGAGCUGCCUAAGAUUUGCUCCGGUCAGUAACACCAGUAUGCAGUGUCUACCUGAAGAUUUCUCCACAAAUAAAACACUGCCUUGUGAAACAUUCGUGUACGAAGAAGGGCGCUCGUUUGUAAAAGAGUUCAAUUUGGGUUGUCAAGAAUGGAAGAGAGCAUUGGUUGGGACUAUACACAAUUCUGGAAUGUUCUUAGCCAUGCUGUUCACUGGCGCUAUCUCAGAUAGAUUUGGACGGAAAGUGGCAGUGGGUUUCGCGUCAUGUGCCAGCUUGAUAUUUGGUUUUUCCAGAGCAUUUGCACCGAAUUAUUUAAGUUAUGUGGCGUUACAUUUCUUAGAGGCUGGCUUGGGUGGUGGACUGUACCCUUCCGCAUAUGUUUUUAUUGUCGAAUUAGUUGGGCUGAAACAGCGCGUCAUAGUCUCCGCCAUGUGCAACAUGACUUUCGUCAUUGGUGUUGUAUUAAUAGCCUUACUUGCAUGGGUCGUGGACAACUGGCGGACAUACAUCCUAAUUCUAUAUUGUCCUGCGAUCAUCGUUGUCAUAUACAUAUGGUUCACGAACGAAAGCGCCAGAUGGUUAUUAAGCAAAGGCAGGAGAGAUGAAGCUAUAAGAGUAUUAAAAAGAGCAGCAAAAAUUAACAAUCUUGAUGAACGGAACCUGGAGUUAGAAGCAUUGGGCGAUCCAUUGUUGAAGCCGAAGAAUCAGACGGAAGACAAAAAGUCGCAGUUCUCGAAAGCGUUGCGUUCGAGUAUAAUUUGGAAGAGGUUGCUGAUAUGUUCAUUCCUUUGGUUGACAUGCUCUCUAGUUUAUUAUGGACUGUCGAUAAAUUCCGUGUCUUUGAGCAGUCAUAGAUACGUGAGCUUUAUGCUUGUGGUGCUGGUGGAGAUACCAGCGUACAUUGUGGUGGUUAUCGUGCUGGAUAAAUACGGAAGGAAGAAGACGUUAGUGGCCACUUACUUGACGUGUGCGCUGACGAGUUUGCUGUUCGCAUUCUUACCAAGAU